CCACGGCGGAAGUGACCUCGUAUAGGCGGAAGUAAACAAAACCAUUCAAUUUCAAUGCCGGUUCUGAGCGUUGCUGGAGUGGUCCGAACCCAAACCCGAACCCGAGCCGCACUGAUGAUGAGUAUGAUGGAUUUCCCCCGCAGCAGAGACGCGUGUGUCCUGAACACGGAUGAAGCCUCUCUGAUCGAGACGGCGGUCCGGGCGGCGGUCAUGUCCGUCCUGAAGGUCUUCUGCGAGGUCAGUGAGAAGCGAUCGCACCGCUACGAGGUGAAGCUAGCCGCGGCGGAAAGGGAAAACGCAGCGCUCAGGUCCCGCUUAGAAUCAGCCGAGCAGGAGCUCCAGACCCUACACCAGAUCUCUUCUAACUACAACAUCUCAACUGAGGUCACCUUCAGUGCAGAUGUUCCAGAAACAGAACCGGAACCGGCUUUUUCUCUGGGCGUGUCAGAGAGCGCCGGCGCCCUGGUGAUGAAGGAAGAAGAGACUUUUCAUGAGAACAAACUGUUCAUUAAGAGUGAAAGGACAGAUGAAUGUUCUCCACUGAACCUCCAAAACCCUGGGAAUGAAAACGGGCAAACUUGUCAACAGAUCCAGGAGUAUGGGACACACAACAUCCACAAGCACUCAGUAGAUCCAGAUCCAGGUUUAUCCGAAUCAGAGAGAAGGAGGCUGACCCGGUACGAAAAUGUGAGAAGGUAUAGAGAAAGGAUCCGGGCUGAUCCUGUGAAAUACCUUGCCUGGAAGCAGAAGAACCACUUGAGGUAUCUGCAGAACAGAAAGACUAUUAAUGAACUGCCUGAGCCCAUGAAGAAGCUGCAGAGGAAGGCUUGGAGAGAGGCUACAAGGAGACACCGUGCAAAAAAGUUGACCCAAGCAUCUUCCUCUGCUGGAUCCAUGUCUCAAAUACAAGAACAUUGUUUUCCUUAGUCGUUGUUCUUUUUGCGAGACAGUAACUACAACUAAAACAUAAUUCCGUCUCCAUCCAAUUAAAAACCUGCACUUUUGUUGAGUCCACUGCACAUCAUGUCAAAAGUGUGAUCUCUUUUUUGUUUACAUUAAAUUAUACAAAUAAAGUAACGCAUCUAUA